AUGUUCAACAGCAAUGUCCUGAGGAAUCCUUGGGCUGAUGACAUCGAACGUCAAAGCAGAAUCGAACAGUUGAAAAAGUCUAUUCGAGAGCAGCAUAUAUUACUAGACACCGUGGACGUACUCAAUGACGCAUAUACCAUUGACAAAGACGACCGUCGGCGGAACUCUGCAGAUCUGGAAGAUCUCAAAAGCCGUAUAAAAAAAGUGACAAACGAACUGCAGGAAAAACAAACAGACGCUUCGCAUAAAGGGCUCUCCACACAGAGUCUGGUUCAUUUGUGGUCACAGUAUCUGUUGAAUAUGAGACAGUUGGAGGAUAUUGCAGAACAGCGAAAGACACUUACGAGAGAAUUAGACUAUUUAAUAAACACAAGCAUACGAAACGUGGAAAAGGAAUUGUUGCAGGAGGCAAAUAGAUUAUCUCAGCUUAAAGAGCAAGUCGCGACUAACGUUUCUAAUGUAUCCUUAAGCAGUAGAGGCUCUGAUACAAACAUAAUCAACACAGAAAAUAUGACAGAUUCCGAGCGUAUUCGUGCAAAAGCACAGGCUAUGGUUGCAGCACGUUUGAACAAGCUAGCAAACAAUUCGCCUUCACCUCCACCUAAAAAUGGAACAAGGAACCAUAAUUCUGAAUUGCUAUCAUCAGCCUUUGAGAAGCAACAACAGCAUAAAAUAGAUCAAAUAUUAAGCAGUAUAAGGAGAACACGAGAGGAAGCGGAUCAAAUCAUUAGUGUGGAUUUAAUGAACAUAGAACAUAGUUUGGAAGAGAGUUCGCAGCGUAUAAAAGAAAAAAAUAUGUUCGAACAAGGGCUCUACGUCGAUCAUGAAGUAGCUCAAUUUAUCGAUCAACUAAAAAGGCCAGCGAUAACAAAGAGAAAAUCCAACGCAUCAUUGCUACCACCAACAUUACCCAAAUAUAACGCGUUAUCGGCAAGAAGAUCCUCCGCUACUAAUACAACACCACCUCCUGUACCUACUUCACGACGGCCAGGUACACCUCGUUCUGAGGCAGACAUAAAAGCUGCCGCAAAGAAACGUAUCGAGGAACGCCGGCAAUUAUUCAUGAAAAAAGAAAACAACCAUCAAUAUAUACCUGCACCAUCUGUAUCAUCAAUCACUAACGACCAUCAUAGCCAGCAACCAUCAGAAGCAGAGAGAGCAGCACAAGAAAGAAUGAGACAAGCAGAAGCAGAAGCAAGAGUUCGUUUAGAAAUUAUGCGUGAAAAACGUAAUCAGCUCAGGAAGGAAGCAGCUGAAGCAGAGGAAAAGAAGAAGAAAGCAGCAGCUGAAGCAGCAGCAGCAGCCGAAGCGGAAAUGCUGGCUGAAAAGAAACGAAAAAUAGAGGAGAAAAGACAGGCAGAAUUAAAGAGAAAAGCAGCAGAAGCCAAACGUUUAGCGGCAAUGGACGAAGAGAAAGCAAAGCGAAAUGAACAGCAACAGGUACAAUUAGAGAAAGAUAAACAGCUACGAAAAUGGAAGGAAGAUCGUGCAGCAGAAGAAGAAAGACAGAUGAAAGCAAGACAGGCCGCAGAACAGGCGGCACGGGAAAAACGAUUAAGACAAGCAGAAAUUGAACGCCGUGAAAGAGAUAUUGAGCAAGCUAGACAAGACGAGAUUGAACGACGGAGAAAAUGGGAAGAAGCCGAAUUGCAAAGAAAAAUGGAAGAGGAACUAAAAAUUAGACAGCAGCAGGAAGAAGAAGAAGAACGGUUAAGGGUUCUUGAGGAAGAAAAAGAAAAAGCGCGUAGAGAAGAAGAGUUGAUAAAGAAGCAGCUUGAAGAAGAGCAGGCGCUGCAGCAACAGCAAGCGACACAACAACCUGUUAUUGACUCCACAAUUAGCGUACCUUCGAUAACCACUACAAAUGACUCAGCAGCUCAACCUAUCAAUACUCCUUUUUCGCCUAUAACUACGACUACUGCAGGAACUAGCGGCUAUGGUAUUGACGUUGAAGAUGAGGUUAAUUUCAGUAUAAUAUACCGAGUAGUUACUCUCUAUGAAUAUCAAGGAAUACGUGAAGAUGACUUGAGCUUUGAGGCGAACGAAACUAUCAAAGCUCAUCCAUCAAAAGAUAAGGCCAGUGACUGGUGGUAUGGCACAUCAUUGGUCACGAAUCAAGUAGGUUUUUUCCCUAGAACUUACGUGGAGGUUGUGGAAGAAGUCCAGCCUUUUCAAGAUGAAGACAGCGAUUGGUGGUAUGGUACGAAUGAAGAGACACAGGAAUGCGGUUACUUUCCAAAGACAUUUGUGGAAAAAAUUACCUCAGGUAAGUCGCUGUUUCUUGAGAAAGGAUGCAGCACGGCACCUAUCGCAAUUCCUACCUGUACUUCACCUACCGACCAAAAUACUCUUGACAAUACUCGUUUAACUGUAUCUGAUGACCAUCUACCCAGAGGAUCUUCUGUACCUAAUACUCCCAUUAUGAAAAAGUUUAACUUGGGAGUAAGUAAAACUGAAUUAACGAGGCGACGUAGGGCAGCUAGCACAGUCAGUACAGUCAACAACAGCCAUAUUAGCACACCGCAGCCCUUAGUACGUCGAUCUAGCAAUACAUCAGAGAACUUGGAAUUGGUGAGCUGGGCAAGUACUAUGGAUCCUAUCGAACUGGAUGCUAUACCACCAGAGGAGCGUAAACGACAAGAAGCGAUUUUUGAAUUGAUCGCUACUGAAAGAAGCUACCUUAGUGACCUUCAAAUGAUUGUGAAUAUUUUCUUUUUGGAUUCGGGAAAAUACCUUUCAGAAGACGAAAGGGAUGUCGUGUUCUCUAAUAUUGAUGACCUACUCAUAUGCAAUACGGCACUUUUAAGUGAUAUGGAAACCCAGCAAAGGGAACAAUGCAAUGUGAUUGAUAAAAUUGACAACUUGAAAUGCUAUUCAACAUAUUGUCGAAACCAAUCAUAUGCAACCAAAUUUCUGCAGAAAAAAAGAGAGGAAGAUCAAUGGUUUGAAGUGUUCUUGAAGACUGCACAAACAAGACCCGAAUGCCGAUCAUUAGACUUAUCCCACUUUUUAUUAGAACCAGUACAGCGUAUAACAAGAUACCCACUUCUGUUACGACAGAUAUUAAACUGCACGCCUGAGAGACAUGCUGACCAUUCAUUGGUAAAAUCCGCACUUUCAAUAUCACAAAGGAUUUUAGAAGAUGUAAAUGAAGAAACUAGGUUGUUUGAAAAUGCCCAAAAAUUGUCUGAAUUAUCAAGACUGAUUGACAUGGAGACCUACGGUAAACUGAAUAUCACGGGCAGAGAAUUUAUCAUGGAUGGAGCGUUGUUCAAAGCUAAAAGUGGACGAAAACUUCAUGGCUUUUUGUUCAAUGAUAUACUCAUACUUGCUGAGCCCUUGAAAACGCUCAACGUCAAGGGUUACCUUUAUACCUUGUACCGAGAGCCGUUUCCAUUAGAGAAAGUCAGUGUCCGUCAACAACAAUCAAUGACUCUGAAACAUACCUUCAGCAAUUCAGAUGAGUGUUCGUUCCAAAUUGUGUCAGGAAGCCAGGUUAUUGGCGUCAAGACUUCUUCUGCACAUCAGAAACGUCAAUGGAUAAGCCAAAUUCAACACUACAGCGCGCUAAAGCAAUAUAAUAACUGA